UCAAAAGGGUCAAAAAAUAAAAAUCUAACUUGUCUGAAACAACUUGAGUCUGUGCGAUUGUGAAAUUACUCUGGUUUAGGAUUUUUGCUCUUUGUAGUAUUAUUUUAAGUAUUUAGAUCAAUAUGCUAAUAAUGGAUGUGUUUUUAGUGCAUUGUUCAAGCGGGAAAGUGUAGAUGCCAUGAUGCGUAAUUGGAUCACAUCAAGUAAUGCCAACAGAGCAUUAUUAAUAUAAAUUUUAAACAUAGUUUCAAACAUCAAUAAUCAUUCGAUAUGAUGACCUCCGAAGAAUCAGAUUCGUUAAGUACCGUUCCAUCUGAUGGCCAUCCAGAAGAUGUAUCAGCUUCAGGGACGGAGGAGGCGCCCUCGUCCAUGGUGUCCAGUGAGGCGGAGUCAGAGGGCAGCGUGCUAUCCGAACGGCAUGACGUAGUGGACGGUCACGCGAACGACACCACCGAGCUGGGCCAACAUUCGCAGGACAAGACCUUGACGCCGACUAUUGAUGUCCGGAACACCGGCAAUAUCAUAGCUUCGUAUAUUUCUAGCAGAGGAUCAAUGUUACCAUGGGGUCAGUACAAGGGGCCAACCCUGGCGCCCCCGGACUCGGACCUGAGGCCAGGCGAGUUCGUCAUGCGGCUGCUGUUCACGGAGUUCACGGUGCAGGCCGAGAGGAAGAUGGAGGCUGUUAUGGCUGAACCGUUGGAGAAGCCGCUAAACAAGACACUACAACGGGGCGAAGACCCCCAAUUGGACCAGAUAUUAUCCGCCUUCGGUACGGUCGCGGAACAUUGCCUGCCCUCCCUGUUGCGGGCGCUCUUCGGCUGGCUCGAACGGCAAAUGGCCGAUUCGCCGCAACUAAGCGAACAGGCGAAGAAACCGCAGCAAGAUCUGAGGAAUAAAAGCAUAAUCUACAUAGUAUCAGGCAGUGGUGCCGGUACAGAGCAAGUGGAGAGGAGCUGCGAAGAGUUGCACGCAGAGAGAAGAGAUCUAGCAGUAGAGUUUCUCUUUUGCUUGGCUCUUAUUGAAGUGUUGAAGCAAUUGCCUUUCCACCCGGGACAUGAAGACCUAGUGCAGUAUAUAGAAAAUGUCGCCUUCAAGAGAUUUAAUUACAAAGAGGGGCUACAAUCGAAUCCGAACGCAGCCAACGUGCACAUAAUAGCAGAUCUAUACGCAGAGGUUAUAGGCGUCCUCGCGCAAUCGCGUUUCGCAUCUGUGCGCAAACGCUUCACCGCUGAACUUAAGGAACUAAAGAGCCGGGAGCCAUCCCCGCACACAACACAGUCCAUCAUAUCGCUGCUAAUGGGAAUGAAGUUCUUCCGGGUCAAGAUGGUUCCCAUAGAGGAGUUUGAGGCCUCCUUCCAGUUUCUGACAGAGUGCGCUCAAUACUUCCUCGAAGUUAAGGAUAAAGAUAUACGACACGCUCUGGCUGGAUUGUUUGUGGAAAUAUUGGUGCCUGUGGCUGCGACGGUGAAAAACGAAGUAAACGUGCCGUGCCUCAAGAACUUCGUUGAAAUGCUGUACAGCCACACGCUGGACGCGAGCACCAAGUCGAAGCACCGGCUGGCGCUGUUCCCCCUCGUGACCUGUCUCCUCUGCGUCUCCCAGAAGCAGUUCUUCCUGGCCAACUGGCACUGCUUUCUGGCUAUGUGCCUGUCACAUUUGAAGAAUCGCGACCCGAAGAUGUGUAGAGUCGCGUUGGAAUCUCUAUACCGCCUCCUCUGGGUGUACAUGAUCAGGAUAAAGUGCGAGAGCAACUCAGCGACACAAUCUCGCCUACAGAGCAUCGUUAAUUCGCUCUUCCCAAAGGGGUCCAAGGGCGUAGUGCCACGUGACACGCCGCUGAACAUAUUCGUCAAAAUCAUACAAUUCAUCGCACAGGAGAGACUGGAUUUUGCCAUGCGUGAAAUAGUUUUCGACUUGCUCAUGGUGGGCCGACCUAUAAAGAUAAUAUUGACACCGGAGAGGAUGUCGAUCGGUCUGCGCGCGUUUCUCGUAGUGGCUGAUAGUCUACAGCAGAAGGAAGGAGAGCCGCCGAUGCCCAGGACUUCUGGGACUCUACCAUCUGGCAAUACAUUGCGAGUAAAGAAGACUUUCUUGAACAAAAUGUUGACGGAUGAAACUGCGCAGUCGAUUGGUAUGAGCGCAUACUUCCCAUAUGUGAGGAGGGUUUUGGUUGAGAUAUUGCGUGCGUUGGAUGCGCACUACGGGAGGCCUUUGAUGUUGACAAACACACAGAAUGUUACUAAAGAGCAAGAAAUCAAUACGGGAGAGAGGAAGCCGAGGAUUGACUUAUUCCGGACAUGCGUUGCUGCUAUACCGAGGUUAAUCCCAGAAGGUAUGAGUCCAAGUGAGCUGGUGGACCUCCUGUGCCGGCUCACGGUCCACAUGGAUGAAGAGCUUCGUGGCCUCUCCUUCCAAAGUCUCCAGACCCUCAUAGUGGACUUCCCGGAGUGGAGACAGGAUGUUCUGGCUGGAUUCACACAAUUCCUUGCUAAGGAAGUACAGGACACAUCGCCCCAACUAGUCGAGAACGGUCUUCGCAUGCUACUGCAGCUGAUCACCAGCUGGAAGAACGGGGAGCCAGCUCCAUCAGCACCACCCAAACUGGAACCUUUAGCGUCUGUGAUACGGGGCGCGGAAGCCCUGGGCCUGGUGAUGCUGUGCCAGUGCAAGGCGUAUCCGAGACGAUUGGCUGUUCAUAUCUUGAGAGAGAGCAAGUGCCUGCUCGAGCGUUUGCAGCUCACGGGCGAAGAGCCAGCACUGAUCGACGCAGCGGAUACACACGUGGCGCACUUCGCGGAGCGCUGCGCGGGGCUGCUGCCGCCCGCGGAGAAGCAGGCGCUGCUGGCGGCCGGGCAGCCGGACCUCGUGUGGCUGGUGGAGCGCACGCACCCCGUGUGGACCGCGGGCCUACAACAUGACGACACAUCAUCCAAAAACAGUUGGAGCGUCAGUUCGACCAAUGGCGCUGAUCCUUGGGAGGUGAUACUGUUUGGUCUUCUGGAAAAGAACCGCGUACCGGCGAAGUGUCCCACCACUGUGCUGCAAGCGUGGCCCAUACUACACGCCAGGAUUCACGCAUUGUACACUAUUAUUGAACCGGCGCCAGUAAACGACAACCGAGCGUCCCUACUCUCUCGGGGUCCAGCUUUACCCCGCAAACCGGAAAAGGAGAGAGACGGUUACAUGCAAGUGUGGAAGUAUUACCUGACUAUGGCCUACCUCGUGGUACCGGCUGUGCCCAGUCCCGUGGUGAGGUGUGCUAGCCCGGACUUGAGUCUCAGCACGGAGGGCGAGGGCUGGCUCGGCACUCAGCUGACCUCCUCGACGGAGAGCCUCAACGCGCCGGUCGGUUUCUUCACGCUGCCGUUGAGCUAUGCGCGCGCGCACAGGCACCACAAGCGGACGAGCUCGUCGCCGGACUCGCUGAGCGAGCGCAGCGGGGGCGAGGCGCGGGGCGCGCAGGCGACGCCGGGCUCGCUGCACAAGCUGGCGGUGCCGCUCGCGAGGUGCGAGGUGUCGGAGGUGCGGGACGCGGCCGUGGCGGCCUGCGGACACAUCAACCCGGAUGCGCUCAAAGAUCUAUUCGAAGAGCUAGUACCACUACUGCGCGAAGCAGUCGACCGCAAGCAAGAGAACAUGCGCCGGCGCAGACGCAGGGACGCGCUGCGGUUGCACCUCAACAAGAUGCUGCUGAUCAUUGCGCAGAGGAAGACUUUUGCUAUCAGUCCCUUUGCGCUAGAAGGCGGAGGUCUGCACCCCUCCCUCACAGAAUACCUGGAAGGUGUUCGCCAGAGCCUGGAGGUGGAAGCGGAGAAAGAUGCACCAGCUGCUCGGGAACAGAGGCUGACCUUCGCUGACUUCGUGACGGAGCUGAUCAAGAGCUUCCCGCUAGAAAUGUACGGCACGCUGGUGAAACGCGAGCUCUGCAAGUCUCUAUUCUCUCUAUUCGCGGGUUGGUGUGGUCCCCUGGGUAAACACCUCGGUACGCUGGUACCACAACCACCAGCACCUGAACUGGAUGAGCGGCUCAAUCUUGCUGCACUUAAGGCAAUGAGUGCGCUUGUGUGUUGUGGACCGUGCUUCGCGCCAAACGCGCUUGCUGAGGACGGCUCUCUGUACCCAUGGUUGAGCGAAAUGCUCUCCUCUACUAAUGACAAGAUAUAUCAACUGGCCCGAGAGACUAUAGUGCUCCUGCUCGACUGUAACCCGGACAUUGGGCCACUACUGGACUGGACAGUGGACAAGUGCUUCACGGGCCCGCCGCGAGUGGCCGACGGCUGCUUUAUGGCGCUAGCUACUAUAUUCAGUGCUCGCGAGUACCCGUGCGACCACUACACGGCGAUCAUCAACGUGACGCUCAUGUGCACGGGCUGCCCGCGCGCGCCGGUGCACGAGAGCGCGCUGCAGCUGCUGCAGCUGCUGGACAAGCGGUUCUUUGGCGCUGUCGGACCGCUGCCGAGCGAUGAUGAUGGAUCAGAGAAAGGCCGUGGCACCCUGGACGUGCUCCUCUGCACAACGUACUGCCGCUCGCAGUUGUACCUGUCCCGUCAACUAUCACAACUACACCCAGAACUUACCAUGCCGAUGUUCUCAGAGAUAACAGCCCGUUUCCAAACGGCUCGAACUGAGGUGCGCCAACUGCUGCUCCAGUACCUGCUGCCGUGGCUCGUCAAUAUCGAACUGCUCGACCCAAAUGUACCACCGGCAAAUCCAUUGUCCUAUAUACAGUCCAAUAUUUGCAAUCUAAACACACAUGUUGUCACUUGUUGCACGCAGUACUACGGCGCGGAGGGCGGGCGCGGCGCGAGGCGGGAGGGGCUCGGCUCCGUAGAGGCUACCGAGAUGGUGCUCAACAACCUGUUCUAUAUCACGGUGAAGUUUUCCGACCAACACCCGAAAGAAAUAGAGGAGCUGUGGUCGACGCUAUGCGCCUGCUGGCCGAACAACCUGAAGGUGAUCAUCCGAUACCUCAUCAUCGUAUCUGGAAUGGCGCCUAACGAACUAUUACCAUAUGCGAAACGAGUGGUUCUAUACCUGGCGCGGUCCCGUCCCGAGCGGCUCUUGGACGAGAUGAUGACGGAGCUGCAAACGGUGGAAACCCUCAACUGUCUGAUAGAGAGGACGGAGACCCCUCCGUUCUACCGCCUCACUUCUAUGCGGAAGGCCACUUCUGGGCAUAGUGAUCCGGGGACUGGAUCUCAGGACGCAACCGGGCGGACAUGCGACCUCGCUCCCGUGGAGAAGGGCACCAUUCACACCAAGCGGCACAGCGGCGAAGAUCCCGCCAAAGCAGCUAGUGUAAAAUCGGAAACGCCAGGGCGGGAUAAGCGAGCGUCAGCACCACCUUGCCCGACGCCGCCCGCUGAUGAAGAACCCACACCAUCCUCCGAUGGUGAUGCUACUCCGACGGGCAUAUGCCCCGAGGUGGGCAUCUGCCUCAGCGGUCCGGCAACGCCGCAAGAGCCCCGCGUGGACGCGCCGCAACCUCGCCCGCUGCCGAUGCCCGAGUAUGGAGGCUUCUUUGCUCUACUUACAGAGUACUUGCCGGACACUAGCCAGCCAGUAUCUGGAUUUCAUAGAUGCAACGUAGCGGUGAUGUUGCUAUGCGACGUGGUCCUGGACGGCGUCGAGCUCGACUGGUCCAUCCACGUGCCGCUGAUGCUGCACAUCGUCUUCCUUGGCAUGGAUCAUACCAGGUGGCUGGUACACCAGCACUGCCGGCAGCUGCUGCUCAACCUGCUCGUCGCUGUGGCCGCUCACCACGACCACCUCACCGUGGCUAGAGUACUUCUAGCUGCGAGAUCAGCUCACCUUGGCAUGCCACUACCACCACCGGCACUUCCCCUGACGCCGAGGAAUUUUACUGAACCGGACGCCGUGUUCGAUACGCACACGCAGUGCGCCCACUCGCCGCGGACGCACGUGCGCUCGCUGUCCUCCGACCCGCAAGUGACGCCUGAAGCGGAAGGAGACACCUACCCAUCGCUACCAGUGAUCGUAACGAACGAAGAGCCUAGAGAGCCAGGUACUGAGGAACAAGAUCGUGAAGCCGCUGAGCUUCCCGUGGCAGAUGCUAUCAAGAGUCUGGUGCACUUCCUAGCAAGUCGGCCUUCGCAUAUGCCGCUGUGGCAGUACGAGGAUAUUACGGCUAAAGUAUGGUCGCUACGCAGCUGUCAACAAAUGGCCGCCCUACUUAGUCACGUGUUACGCAUCUUCCGCGAGUCCCUACCGCACGCGCUGAUCUCGGAGCGCUGGGCGCAGACGGCGCUGCAGCUGGGCCUGUCGUGCCCUUCGCGCCACUACGCGGGCCGAUCGCUGCAGGUGUUUCGUUUCAUCGGCGUUGCGAUGACGGGCCGCAUGGUGUCCGACAUCCUGUCUCGGCUGGUGGAAACUGUCGCGGAACAAGGCGAAGACAUGCAAGGCUACGUCACGGAGCUACUUCUCACGUUGGAGGCAGCUGUGGACUCGCUGGAAUCGAACUUCAGACCGCUGGACUAUAUGCGGGAUAUAUUCAAGAGUACCCCCAAUUUGAACAACAAGGAGGGUCAGCAGCCGAACGGCAAUGUGUAUAGUGCUGGCAAGCGUUCGCCCGGCGUGUGCGUGGGCUGCGUGAACAACCACACGCGCAGCACGAGCUACUCGGUGUCGUACUGCGUGCGCAAGAGCAACGCGACCGCGUCCGGACACUCGGACAAGCAGUCGCACGAGAGUCGUACCCGACCGUGCAGUGAAGCGGCGAAGGGCGGGUGUUCGAACCUGUGCCGAUCUCGUUCGGCACAAUCGCUCAAACUGCUCGGUGAUUCUGCUACACAGCCGCUAUUCAUUGCAACUUCCUUCAAACGGCUGCCGGACGACAAGCUGACAAUACUAGCGACAGUAUUCUGGGUGGGCGCGUCCGUGCUCGAGUCGGACUACGAGCACGAGUUCCUAUUGGGCGUGCGGCUACUGGCGCGAGUGAUGGCUCGCUUGCCACUCGACCGGCCGGACGCGCGCGAGCGACUCGACCGCACGCAAGUGCACGCGCCGCACCCGCAGACUUCGCUACAUGCGCUAUUGUUGAAGGGUUGCACGCACCCGAACACAUACGAGCCGGUAGUAGGCGUGCUCGUGGACAUGAUCCCACUGCUGGAGCUACCAGUGAUCGACCCGACGCAAUCGCUAGCGUUCCCAAUGACAGUUGUUGCGUUGUUACCGUACAUGCUGCUGCACUAUGAAGAUGCGAACGAGCUGUGCGUGAGAGCCGCUUGUCAUAUUGCUCAGUUCACGGCGGAAAAGAGCAAGAAGCUAGAAAACCUCGGAACAGUGAUGACGCUGUACUCUCGGCGCACGUUCAGCAAGGAGAGCUUCCAGUGGACCAAGUGCGUGGUCAAGUACCUAUGGGACACGUACUCGCACCUCUCGCUGCAGAUGUUAGCCUUCCUCGUGGAAGUGCUAGAGAAGGGUGCUGCGAACCUCCAAUUGCCAGUGCUGUCGAUCCUGCACUGCAUGCUGUACUACGUGGAGCUGAACGCGCCGGCUGCUCAGCCGGUGAACGCUGACCUGCUGCGAGCUGUGGCCAAGUUCAUUGACCAAGAGGGCAACAACUACAAAGAAGCAAUGAAGAUCUUAAAACUGGUGGUGACAAGAUGCUCCACGCUGGUAGUGCCACCGCACUGGGAACACGCAGCCUCCGCUCUGGACCCACUUAUACACAAAAAGGAGUUACCAGGUCGCACUAUGGACUUCACGUUCGACCUUUCACAAACGCCUGUCAUCGGUCGCAAGUACCUACCAAAGGGUGGCAGCCAACCGCCUACCGGGCCAAGCUCGCUGUCUAAUGCGUCUUCUACUACCCCUGACAAAGGAUCCUCCACCGGCUCGGCGUCCACAGUAGUGGGCGCGGAAACAGCGCAGCCAGCGGCUGCAGCGCCGCACAGCGCCGCGUCGCCGCGCCGCUCGCUGUCGCUGUCGCCGGCCGACGCGCUCGCCAGCGGCUGGAAGCGCCCGUGGAUGUCGCAGAGUCGAGUCCGCGAAUGCCUCGUGAAUCUGUUGACGACGUGCGGCCAACGCGUGGGGCUGCCCAAGAGCCCGUCUGUGAUAUUCAGCCAAAGUUCUGAGCUUCUGGAGCGAGAGUCGUCGAUGGCGUCCUCACUAGAGGAGGUGUCUGGCACUCCGGGCAACGAGCCCUCCGGCGGAGCACCGCCCACUGAUCACUUUGGAGUCUUCAAGGAUUUCGACUUUUUGGAGUACGAGAGCGAAAGUAUUGAGGGGGAGAGCUCAGACAACUUCAACUGGGGUGUGCGUCGUCGCUUACCGAGUGAGGAGCGAGAAGAUGGAGUAGCGAGAGAGAGGAGUGCGCCCGCGCAUGAAUUGGCUGAACGGCACCAGCAUAGACCGGCUGGUCACGAAGACUCCUCCGAUGAAGAAGGUGCGUGGGAGGAAACGGGAGGCCGAGGGGAAGGUGAUGGCGCGCACGAGCUAGCGCUCCGCCCGCGGGCUCACUCGCUGUCCAGCGCGUCUAGUGGUGAACCAGACGGUGAGCGUGGUGACAUCACUCCUGUGCCGGGCGCUAUGCGCGACGCGUGGCGUUGCUCGGUGGCGGCGCUGUUACGUCACGCGACACAACUACCGCCCAUGACGCUCGUCCACCGCUUGCACACUGUGCUCAAGGAAGUGACAGCUAAGACGAUAUCCGUCUGCGGGUCCGGCACUAGCGCGGGCGGCGGUGAACUGGCGCUAGUACUGGAGCGACUAGCUGGCGAAGAGCCACCACUACUGUGGGCUGGGGCUGCUGCAGCUGACUGUGCGCGAGUACGAGACGCUGUGAGAUACGCGGCGCUCGAGAUCAAUGAACAUCUGGAGACGUACUUUGAUAGACGGGAACAUGCUUUGGAGACCCUGGAGGUAUCCCGCAGUGCCGAGGAGACCGGUCGCUGCCUGUACAAGCUGAUCUUCCAGCUGCUCCUUCUGCUGGAAACCAACAACAAAAUGGUGGUCGCCGUCUACCACGCGGCGCUUGAUAAUCGGGGUGUGGAGAUGAGCAGCGCGGUGGGCGUGGUGCGCGCGGCGCUGAGCGCGCACGCGGCGGACGCAUGGGCGGAGCACUCGCCCUCGCCCGCGCCGCACGACGACGCGCGCCUGCUGCACCUCAUGCAGCGCCAGAGGUGGGGUCGGCUCAGCCUCCCUUACAGUCCGGCUUUUCCACCGCCCCAGUAUCAAUGGGGCGCAGCCCUAGCGCUAGUACGCGAGCGCAACGCGGAGCGCAUCCUGGAGCGCGGGGAACUGCCGGAGGAUGACGUCACGAGCCUGUUACAUGUUUACUGCCGCGGGCUGGCGCAAGCGCACCCGGACAUGGUGGCAAUCACUCGGCCAGUCAACGAGCUGUCCCAGAACCUGUCCUUCAUGAUGGAGAGCCUCUACAAGGUGUCAGUGGCCCUGCAGCGGCAGGAGUUCGUGUGACGUCAGAGGAAAGCGCAGAACGACUAACGUAUAUGGGACUGGAUGAAAAGGAAUGAUGAAAUAAAUCGUCAGUAUAAGUGAAAUAGUGUAGCGUAUACAACGCUUUUAGAGGACAAUUCGUGAAUGAACAUUUUUUGAAAGUAUCAAUAGGAAAUCACCGUUUUGUUAAUGUUAAACUUUUGAUUGUUUUAAUCGGAAAUCAUAUGGAAUUGUAGUGUUACUGCAUAAACAACGCUUCUAGAGGAAAUUCUGUAACACACCGUUUUUUCGCAAUCAGUAUCAAUGUUUUAGAAUUUGACUCUAUUAUCAAUGUUAAAAUUGUCUUUGGUGAAAAAAAAUAACUACAUAUAACCUGCUAAUCAAAUUAUACUAAUUGUUAGAUUAUAUAUGCAAAUCUGGAUGUUGUUAUAACGAUUAAUAAUUUAUUAAUUGGACGAAAGGAAAAUUGCAUGUGCUUUUAAAAUAACUUGCUAUAGUAGACAUAAUAAUAAGACAUAUAAAACAACAAUUUAUGGUAGUUUUGAUCGAUGUUCUUGAUAUCCAUUUUAAAGUUACAUAUUGUCUUAAAUUUACCUUAAAACUAAAUAGUUUAAACAAUAUAUGUCUUUUAACAAUUUUCUUCAAUAUAUAAUAAAGUAGCGGUAUUGAAUGUUCCAAUAUGAAAAGCACAUACAUAAUUCUUACAAUUUACCAUAUUUCUAAUAUCUAUUAAGAAAUUUAAUGUUUUAAAAAUAUAUAAUCUUCCCAGUAGCCAAAUGUAAGUUUCCUAAUCAAAAUGCGUAAAGGACAUGUCAAUACUUCAAAAGUCCACAGUACAAAUACGAGUGAUAUGGAGCGAAACUAAAACGCAUUUUUUUUAAACUCAAGAACAUUACCACCAUAUAAGUGUUAACACACUUAGCACAUUAAACAGACACUUUCAACUUUAUAAAUCUCGAUGUACUCACAUUUAUGUAACAUAAUGUUUAGUUAUAUAAAAAUAACAAUAAUCAAUGUUAUAACAUAAUUAACAUUUGUAUUAGAUAAGAAACAUAUACGUUAGUUUAGGUCUGCCUUCGAUCUUGGAUGAUAUCUCAGUGCAGAAGAGCGUAAAGUAGGCACCUGCUUAUUAACGAAUAAAUAUUAUAAACAUACGCUUAUACGUAGGAUUCAGCCUAAGCCUAAGCGACGUUAGCACAAGCAUAUCGAUGAUAUAAACACUUUGUAUUUCACACGACGCUACUCGCUGCAUGACCCGGGCCAAUAAAAGAUCGAUUCAAAACAAUUUGCGAUCAUUUAUCAACACGGGUCAUACCGCCGCAGUAGUUCCGCUGUAAAUAGCUAUUAGACGCUUGUGAUUAAACUGUAUUAAAUGUUGCGCGACGCGUAUACUAUACAAAGAUGAUUACGUGACCAAAAGUAAAAUUUUAAUAGUUUAAAUUAUUUAUAUUGUAUGUACUGGUGAAAUUAUAAAUUAUUCUAUUGUGAUUUAAAUUUAAUGAUUUCGGAACUUUUAUGGAAAUUGAAUUUUGUGAUCGAGAGGUAUAUAUUAUGUUAAUGUUUAAAGUCUGAUUUAAUUUGCACCGACUCCAAAUAUUAGAUAGUUUCGACUCACUUGGCAUCUCGAGUGCGCAUCUCACAUCACAAGAAUGGCUUUAGAUAUAAAUUGUAACGUUAGAUAUGUAACAUAAAUCACAAUGAACAAACCUAUAUACGUUUAAAGUAACGAACACGAUGUCGUGGCGAAUUUAGUUAAUGAAUUGGUAACUAUAGUGGAUUGCAGCCGGAGCCGGGCGCCGGCGUAGUGUAGCUAGCUGUAAUACCUACACGCACGUAGUUGACAAGUAACUGAUCUCAGUACACUGCACGCAUUACUCAUCGGUGGUUCUCAUUACAAGCAGUAUUCCACAAAUAUUCGAUUUAUAGAUAAGGCUUUGCACAGUAUAUUUCUGUGCUUGAUGGAUAUCGAACAAAUAGUAGGAAUGUUUUUCUUGUAUUCAUGUUCGAGGUGCGAGCCCUUGCAAUUGUUUUAAAGGAAUUGAGAAAUGGACACUUAUUUGUUCGAUUCAUAUUAUUUCGGUUUAAUAUAUUGCCGAUAAUAAGUCAUAGGACAAUUAAUAACGAACAAAUAAUAAAUUGAGAACAAAUUCAAUGCAUAAAAAACUGAAUUCCUUUAAAAAAGUUGUAAAAAUAUCGCGAGUAAGUCUUUGUCACUUCUAAUUGUUCUAUCUUCUCUUACGAUGUACUCACAGAGGUCAGUUCGGCAAUGUAAGCGAUAAAAUUACUAACCAGCACGCCUCCCGUGCGUUAUUUCUCAACCAAAAUACUGUGUUUUUCUCUAUUCCUUCUAAAUUAAUUGGUAUUGGAUAAACAUCACACUUCGGUUAUCUCUGAAACUCUUUUGUAUACACUUCAUAUGAUUCACUUCUCUCUUCAACAAAGCAAUCUGUUAGAAUAAUUCCAACCAUAAUACUCGUUCUUUAAGUAAUAAUAUAGGUAAGCAAUAUUUAGUCAAAUGCAAGUAAUGUACCAAAAGUUGUGCAAACUCACGCUUUUUAUUUUCGAUUGUAAGAGAGCAUGUCGCGAGAUUAUUACGUUAAUUUCUAGUUAUACAUAAGACGCAGCCUGUGGACUGUGUCCCUUAGGCAACAGAUUGAACUUGUGUUAUAUUUUUGUAUGUUCAACUUAUUGCAAUGGAUAACAUUUUAUAUUGAAGCGCCACAAGCAUUCCUUGUUAUCUCUUGAUGUUUUCACUUAUACUUUUUGAUUUGAAAUCGAAUUGAAAAUUCAAUAAUUGUUUAAUAAUAAUCAAGCGACGAAACACUGCACUGCUCUUGAGCUAUCCUUUAGCUAUCGUUUACUCAUAUUCGUUUCAGUAUUUGAAUAGUCCGUAAUCCCAUGACAGCAAUAACGCAGUAUACAAAUUAAUUUAUCUUGAAUGGUUUUGUCUUUUCUUUAUGUAAUGAUCAAUAUUUAUUGUUAUUUUUGUUUGUAACGCGCCAAGCGUAUUUUAGUGAAAUUGUGAAUUAAUAGUACUAAUUACAUGUAUUUUAUUUAAUAAAUAUUUUCUUCUUA